AUGGUGAAGUCAUAUCUAAAAUUCGAGCACUCGAAGACUUUCGGGCUCGUCACCUCCGCAUCGUCAAAUGCGAUUUGGGUCCGAGACGAUGCAAUUGCCGGGGUUGCACGCCAAACAGGUGCAGGAAGGGCUGUAGCAGGUGCGGGCGAAGAAGUUUUGUGCUGGGAUAUCAAAAAAGGUGAACUACUGGGGAGGUGGAAAGAUUCUUCUUGCAAAGCACAAGUCACCGUGGUUACACAAAGCAAGACCGACGAGGAUAUUUUCGCUGUUGGCUAUGAAGACGGCAGCAUUCGUCUCUGGGAUUCGAGGACCGAGUCUGUAAUUAUCUCCUUCAACGGCCACAAAUCUGCCAUCACACAACUUGCGUUCGACAGUGCAGGUGUCCGUCUUGCAAGUGGCUCUAGGGAUACCAACAUCAUUGUCUGGGAUUUGAUUUCAGAAGUUGGAUUAUUCAAGCUACGCGGACACACAGACCAGGUCACUUCUCUCCGUUUCCUGGUGCCAUCGCCGGAGCUGCUCAAUCAAGCUGGAUUGAUCGAUCACACCGGUUUCCUGAUAACAACUGGGAAAGAUGCGUUGAUUAAAGUUUGGGAUCUGGCGUCUCAGCGCUGCAUUGAAACACACAUCGCACAAUCAAACGGAGAAUGCUGGAGUUUAGGUCUCGCUCCCGAUCAGAGCGGUUGUAUAACCGGAGGCAACGACGGCGAGUUGAAGGCUUGGUCAAUCGAUGAAGGAGCCAUGAUCGAGAUUUCCAAAGAGAAAGUUGGCUCAGAGGACCGCAAAAUUUUGACUGACAGAGGGGCAUUCUACCGUAACGGAAAGGACCGAACAACAGGGAUCAGUUUCCACCCACGAGCAGACUAUGUGGCCUUCCAUGGCUCAGAAAAGGCCGUGGAAAUAUGGCGCAUCCGCUCCGGGACAGAGGUUCAAAAGAGCCUAGCGAGAAAGCGCAAGCGGAGAAAGGAGAAGGAGGCACAGCGUGCGGCAGAAAACGGCGAAUCUACUGAGAAGGCCGGGAAAGAGGAGGAAGAAGCUGAUGUCUCUGCAGCUCCAGUUACUGAAGUCUUCGUAUCUCACAUCAUCGUCAGAACGGGCGGCAAGGUUAGGUCUUUCGAUUGGAUCAGAGCGAAAUCGAGCGGAAAGCUCCAACUAUUGGCGGCUACCACGAACAAUCAGCUAGAGGCCUACAGCGUCGCGACUUUAAAUAAGAAGGCUAAGGACGAAGACGACGUGGAUUACAGCCGAACCCUGGCCGUGGAUAUACCAGGCCAUCGCACGGACAUCAGGUCGGUUGCCCUGAGCUCCGACGACCGAAUGCUAGCUUCUGCUUCCAACGGAAGCCUCAAGGUGUGGAACGUCCGCACGCAGAACUGUUUAAGAACACUGGAAUGUGGCUAUGCGUUAUGCUCUGCCUUCCUUCCAGGUGAUAAAAUUGUUGUGGUUGGCAAUAAGGAUGGUGAGCUAGAAGUCUUCGAUAUCGCAUCCUCUACGCUCUUAGAUACCAUUAAAGCACACGAUGGCCCUGUGUGGUCUUUGCAAGUGCACCCGGACGGCAAAUCCUUGGCCAGUGGCAGUGCAGAUAAGUCCGUGAAGUUUUGGAACUUCCAGGUUGUACAGGAAGAAAUUCCUGGUACCAAGAGAACGACGCCUCGGUUGAAAUUGAUACACUCGAGGACACUAAAGGUCUCAGACGACAUUUUAAGUGUCCGGUUCUCGCCCGAUGCUCGCUUGCUGGCCGUUUCACUGCUGGAUAAUACUGUCAAGGUUUUUUUCAACGACUCUUUAAAGCUGUUCUUGAACCUUUAUGGUCACAAACUCCCUGUCCUAAACAUGGACAUCUCUUGGGACAGCAAGCUCAUCGUCACCUGCUCAGCUGACAAGACAGUCCGCCUAUGGGGUCUAGAUUUUGGUGAUUGUCAUAAAUCCUUCCUUGCUCACGAGGACAGCAUUAUGGCUGUGGCUUUCGUACCCAGUAAUAAUGAAGGUAACGGGCAUAACUUCUUCAGUAUCAGCAAAGAUCGGAUCAUCAAGUACUGGGAUGGUGAUAAAUUCGAACAUAUCCAAAAGCUGGCAGGGCAUCAUGGUGAGGUCUGGGCAAUGGCAAUCAGCCGCACUGGCGAGUUCAUUGUCACCGCCAGUCACGAUAAGAGUAUCCGCACAUGGGAGCAGACAGAUGAGCCCCUGUUCCUGGAAGAAGAACGCGAAAAGGAACUCGAAGAGAUCUAUGAUAACAAUCUUGCGGCUUCGCUCGAAGAAGAGGAUGGCGCGGAUGGCGAAAAGGCCGAAGCAGUAGAAGCCGGAAAACAGACAACCGACACCCUCAUGGCUGGAGAAAAGAUCAUGGAAGCACUGGAUCUGGGAAUGGAAGACCUCAUGGUGAUGCGCGAAUGGCGCGCAGUCAAGGCAAGGAAACCGAACGCAGCACCUCCCGCCCGCAACCCGUUGUACAUGGCCUUAAACAACGUCUCCGCCGAGCAGUAUCUGCUCAACGUCGUGCAAAAGAUUCCACCCGCCGCCCUCCAGGACGCUCUUCUUGUCCUCCCAUUCUCGAAGGUUCAGGCGCUCUUCACGUUCCUCAACAUCUGGGCCAGCCGAGAGUGGAACGUCCCUCUCACCUGCCGUGUGCUGUUCUUUAUGCUCAAAACACACCACCGCCAGAUCGUUGCCAGCAAGAUGAUGCGGCCCAUGCUCGACAAUAUCCGCUCCUCGCUCCGUCGAGUCCUCACGCGCCAGAAAGACGAAAUGGGAUUCAACCUUUCUGCUUUGCAAUUCGUUGGUCAGCAGGUUAAAGCCCACGGAACAAAGGAUUACAUUGAUGAGGAAACCUGGGAGGAACAGGAGCGAACAACGGGAACUGGCAAGAAACGUGUCUUCUCCAGCAUUGCCUAA